CUGAACCAAGAGUGGACUGUUGCAUUGUUUCAUUUUAUUCCAGAUUGUUCUGCACCAAGUGAAGUUUCAGCAAAUAAAUGCACUUCCAAAUGCCACACCAGGAGACCAAAUAGAAAAGACUGGCCAGCAGACAUGCUAGAUCUGUGACACACACACACACACACUCGCACACACUUACACACACACACACACAAUGCAGUAAAGCAAUGAUGCAACUGUUGACAGUGUGAGUCCAGUACAGGAGUGUCACAGUUUGGGUUUAUUGGAGAUUCCUGAAGGUCAGAAGAUUUCAGCCCCCCAGCCCUAAACACAAUCUUCAAAAUAAUAAUUUAGCUGCCAUUUUAGUUCCUGACAUGGGAAUCAGUCAUGAUGACAUGGGAAUCAGUUAUGAUGAGUGGACAAGUCUGCAGAAGGCUCUGGACUGGCUUAGUCCAGAUGAAGAAAUCACUCAGCUGAAUCUGAGCACAAGUCCAGUCCACUCAACAUUCUCGAUUGUGGAACUCAAUGAGAGUUACAAAGUGGGAGAAAAGAUUCAUGUUACUAUCACAGCCAGAGAUCACAACAACAACCUGAAACCAUAUGGAGGGGACUUUUUCCAAGCAAAGCUUUUCAAUUUAGAGUUAAAGGCAGGUGUGUUUGGGGAGGUUGUCGAUCACCUGAAUGGGACUUGGGAAGGCCAGGCACAAGUGUCUGUUCGUCUGAUGCACUCCAGUGAGGCUGUGCAACUACUUAAAAAAUAUGGUGAGUCGCCAUUCACACGUAGCCACUAUAAUGGCUACUUUGAAGGGCCAGGGCCCAAUGGAUCCAGAAUCAGUGAAGUAGUAGAAUGUAAUCUUAAAUGGGGCCCAAAUGGAAGUUGGAUUAAAGGCAACUGCUGCUGCGAGUAUAAGGAUGUAAAAACAGGGACGGUGUGGCAGUGCCUGAGACCAAAGUCACUGUCCUGUGACUACUGGGUUUUUCAUGAAAGAGGAGCUUUUGAAAGCCCAUUAAAUCCUUUUGAGAAGCAACUUUAUACAAGCAAAUUAACAAAUGUUGCUAUUACUGGAGACAAACACAUCAUAAAUGUCCUUCCAAACACUACUGGCAUUGGGUCAAUGGAGAGAUGUAGACCUGGCCUGACAACACCAGUUCCUGCAGGAUUCUAUUUGCAUGACGUCUGGAAGUCUUUUGUGUGUUGCACUAAACACUUCAGUCGUCAAGAAAUGGGAAAUUGUCUUAGAAACAAGAUCGUCUACAUGUUGGGAGACUCUACCACAAGGCAGUGGUUUGAGCAUUUCUUAAGCACUGUGCCAGGAUGAAUAUGCAAAUGAUUGGUACAGAAUGCAGUUGAACACUGUGAUGAGGGAGAUGUUUAGAGACAUUGCUGUGGUCUACUUGGAUGUCUGGCAGAUGACUUCCUGUCACUAUACAGUUGAAGACAU